UGGGCUGUGUAUCAGGCUUGGUCGAGUCAAACCCGCACCGAGACCAUUCACCCAUUUAAAGCAUUCUGUCAUUUACUGGCUUUUUAUCUUUCCUAUUUAUUAAUCCCAUUGGUGUUCUUCAGUAUUUUUGCUGGAUGGACGGGUCAUUAUUCGCUACAUGAAGCUGUUUUUGUAUUUCUACUCAGUGCGGUUUUAAGUUAUGCACGCUUUAUUGAGCCGCAUCUAAUUCAAGUGAAAACGACACAAUAUCAGAUCAAUGCGGAUAAACGUUUACAGAAACCGGUCAAAAUCGCCCUGAUUGCAGACUUGCAUAUCGGUCUGUUUUCAGGGCAUGAACGGCAGUUACGACAAAUUGUACAUAAAUUAAAUCAUAUUCAGCCUGAUUUGGUGGUGGUCGCCGGCGACUGGACCUACGAACCGGAAAAUAAACUGGCUCAAGAGCUGGCAGAAUUGUUGCAUUAUGCACUGCAAGUCAAUCAGGUCAUGGAUAUUGAAGGUCAAAUUGUCGAAUUUGAUGAGUUCCGUCUCUUGGGCGUAGGCGACCUCUGGGCUGGAAAAGCUGAUAUGCGCAGACAUAAGAAAGGCAUGUACCGUCAUGAACAUGCAGAUGUGUUCGUGACAGUUGGAACGGGGCUGGUUGGUGUACCUUUUCGCUUCCGGGUACCACCUACCAUUGAUAUUAUCGAACUGAUUUAAAG